AUGAAUUCACCAGGUGCAGAUAGAUAUCUAUGUAUGUUUAAAGAGAAAGUAAGAACUAUGUUUAGAAUUGGAUUUGUUGAAUCUGAUCAACCAAUGUAUAAUAUUAAAUUAAAUAUAUUUAACGACUGUUUGUGGCACCCUAUAGCCAUAAUUGUAGACUCGACUGGUGCCGGUGAUUCUUUUCGUGCUGGUUUAAUCGACUCUUUAAUCUAUAUAAACCAAGCCUUAAACAACUCAUUACAUUUUACAUCUGCAUCUGUGGGUCUAAACUACCUAAGCUAUGGGGGUAACAGUAGAACCCCAACCUCCCAAAGAAAUAUUUGA